AUGCUAAACAGCAAAAUUUGCAUAGCAACGCUGUUGCUCCCGCUCGCCGGAGCACUGCAGCAGAUGAGGCUUGCAACAUCGUCGACAAUGGCGCCCCAUUGGCAACCGAAACCGGCUCCGGCGCCCCUCGUCGAUGCGCCGGCUGCGCCGGCAUUGUCCGUGGAAGCAGCGAUGCGCAUCAUGUUCGACCCCGUCGGCCGCGGCAAGGUGCGGCGGCGUGCUGUGAAGCAGCGGGACUGGACGGACCCGAUGGUGGCGUCGCACGUGGCAUUCGUGCCGGGCAUCGUGCUCGCGGCGCAGAACGACCUCUGGGAGCUCGCCGCGCUGCAGUCGGCGACGCUCGUCUUCUCGCUCGCGUACCACCGCGCCGGCACGAACCAGCGUGCAGAUCAAAACUUCACGGUGCCUUGCUCGAUGGCGUGGCGGUCUCACUGGUUUAGUUGCUCACAGGCGAACGGCCCGGCCGCGUCGCGCUCGCCGAGGGCACCCUCGCGAAGGCGCUUUUCGUGUACGGCCUCACGCAGACGACGCUCAACGCGCCGUCGCCCGAAUACUUCGCCGUCGAAGCGCCGCUGGCGGCGCUCUGCCUCACUUGUUUCCUCGCCACGAACUUCGCGCCGGCGACGUAUGAGCGGUGGCACGCGCCGGGGCUGCACCUCUGCCCCGGGAUCUGGUCCGCGGUCGUCGCCGCGGGGCACACGCCGCUCCUCCAUAUGCUUCUCUAGGGGCCUAAUUGCACAUAUAUAA